AUGGCUCAUCAAUACCCUACACGCUCCAAAAGUGCGUCGAAUCAGAGAAGUCAACCAUCUGUAGUCAUGUCGUCGAACAAUCAACAUGAUAAUCUCUCGUUAACGGCCAGUUCUUCCACAAAAACGGAAAAUUCUUCACAUGAUUUUGUACAGGAAUUUGAUUUACAUUCUCGUCCAGAACAAGAAUCACAAAAAGCAAGUAUUAUACCAAAACAAUCACCAUCAAUUCAGUCUUUACGACAAUCAUCGAUACGGUUUCCACCAGAAGAUGAACAACUUUUACAAAACGAAACCAAUCGAGUUAAUACGAUUUCGAUUCCUCAGCUAUUAAGCGAAGAUACUAAUAUUCGAGCAAGUGCAUUGAAUUCAAUAAAUACCCCACGACAAUUGGUUACCAAUAACUCCGCUAUUCCAUCAAUCCAAUAUGUUAUCAACAUUGAUCCAUUGCAACAAAUGAAAGAAUUUGUGAAGUCUUUCUCAGGAAAUCCUGAAGAUGAUGCGAACAAAUGGCUUGCUAGCAUAAAUCAUUUCUUCGACAUUAUUCGUUUACCUGGUGAUAAGGAUGAACUGUGUCUUCAAUACGCUCCAGCAUUUUUGAAAACGAAUGCAUACCGAUGGUGGACAGAAACUAAAUCAUUUGUUGAUAAUUGGUCGUGCUUUAAGCAAUUGUUCAUCGAACAAUUUGGUGAAAAGAAUGAAUAUCUAUUGGAGGAGCAAAUGAAUCAACGAAAACAACUCCCGAACGAACCCGUCAUGAAAUAUUAUUAUGAUAUGGUGGAACUAUGCAACAAAUGUGACCCAACGAUGUCGGACAAACAAAAGGUUCGUAAACUUAUUUUAGGACUACGAUUAUCCUUGUAUCAAGAAGCGAUUAAGAACGAAUAUUCAACACCAAAAGAAUUUUUGAAUAAAGUUCAACAAUUGGAAAAUAUACAGAAGCUGAUGGAAAUACGUCAAGUUUCAAAGGACCAAGGCUCUUACACAUCUUCUCAUCAUUAUUACGAUUACCAACCGGUAUAUGAUUCGUACAAUUAUUAUCCGGCUAGUGAACAACCAAGUUCAUUCGAUUCUCAUUAUCAGUAUCAAAAUAAUAAUUCUCCGCCAGUUCCAUCGAAUACAAAUUUUCAACAAUUCCAAAAUUCGAGAUCAUCAGCACGAUCGAACAAAUCUACAAAUAUGAAAGAUAUUCAAUGUUAUCAGUGUCGAGGAUGGGGACAUUAUGCUCGCACAUCAACAAAAAAACCAAUAACGGAGAUGUUGGAUGGUGACAUCUCUGUAUCAAUACCAAACCCAUCAUCAUUAACUUUCAUUUCAAGCUACGUAAAUAAUAUCCAUUUAACAUGUCUUCUUGAUACAGGUGCAACAAAUUCUUUUAUCCAUGAAUCAAUUGUUCGUCGUCUUCGUCAUAUUUCUAUUACAAGAAUAAAACAACGUUUCACUUUAGCAGAUGGCAAUACCGACAUCAACAUUACUGGUAUUGCACACAUCAACUUGAACAUUAAUCACAUUACCACGCCUAUAUCCGUCUUCAUCUCAAAAUCCUUGUCUCAACCUUGUAUUUUGGGACAAGAUUGGUUACGAAAAUAUUCGGUGGAUAUUUGUCAGUCAACACAACGAGUGAUAAUUCGUACUGCUGAAUCAUGGGUCACAAUUCCAAUGGAUCAGAAAAUCAAUCAACAUCAGUUUCCUCUUAAGUCAACCAUAGCAAUUAUUAUUCCACCGCAACAUGAGCGAAUUGUUGAACUACGAUCACCAGUUUCGUCAUCUCCUCACAUCAUCUUUCAUCCGAACCAAAACCUUCAAUCAAAAAGUCUUAUCGCCAUACCAAAUGCACUUCUAUCAAUUGAUAAUCAUCGAACUUAUACAACAGUCAUUAAUCCUACUAAUAAAAUAUGUCGCAUCCCAAUCAAUACUACGAUUGGUACAUUUACGAUUCCACCAGUGGAUAUCGAAUGUCAUAGUAUACAUCCGUCAUCGACAAUUAAUUCAACAACACCUAAACAUUCACCACCAUCAAAUCUUAGCAAUUCGCUAUCAAUGGAAAAAGUUUUCAGUGAUUUACUGGAUCAUUUACCAGAUUCUGAGGAGAAAGAUAUUUUACGUGAGUUACUCGUCCGGCAUCAGUGUGUGUUCGAUACACCGGUGCCUACAAUCGCCAAUCUUACAGCUCCACCGAUGAUCAACACCGGUUCUCAUCUUCCUGUGCAUUCGCGUAUCUACCGCACCGAUCCAAUCAAGCAAAAACAUCUCACGGAAACCAUCAACGAUAUGUUGAAGUAUGGUCAAAUUGAAAAAUCGUAUGCUAGCUGGUCUUCACCGGUCAUCUUGGUAAAGAAAAAAGAUGGUAGUUAUCGCUUUGUAAUUGACUAUCGUUCAUUGAAUAAUAUCACAGAGCGGGAUUGCUAUCCGCUACCACGUAUAGAUGAUACACUAAAUCGGUUAAACGGCAACAAUUAUUUUACGAAGAUGGACUUAAAAUCUGGAUAUCAUCAGAUCCGCAUUCAUCCAGAUGACAAAGACAAAACAACUUUCAUCACAACACAUGGAACAUUUCGUUUUAAUGUGAUGCCUCAAGGAUUAACAAACUCUCCAGCGAAUUUCCAACGUUUGAUGUAUGAACUACUAGUCAAUUCGCGAUGGGAUUACACAUUGGUAUAUCUUGACGAUGUGAUCAUUUUCUCUCGUACUUUUUGUGAUCAUAUUCGACACUUAGAUGAGAUUUUAUCAAUCCUAACAACAGCUCAACUUCAAUUAAAUCCUCAGAAAUGUUCAUUUGUCAAAUCUGAGAUUGAUUAUCUAGGACACACUAUCAAUGGUCAAGGUAUACGUCCAUUACAAGCAAAUAUCGAUGCAAUCUUACAAAUUCCAAUUCCGAACACACCGAAACAAGUUCACUCUUUCGUACAAUCAGCUAAUUACUACCGCGAUCAUAUAGAAAAUUUUUCUAAAUUAGCAGCACCAUUAUUUCCGUAUACAAAGAAAAAUGCUGUUUGGAAGGGUUGGACUCCUGCAAUGAACAACGCUUUUAUCGAAUUGAAGGAACGACUCACAAAACCACCAAUAUUCUUGAAUUUUCCAGAAGAUGAUGGACAAUUCAUUUUAUCAACAGAUGCUUCUGGGGAAGGAAUGGGUGGUGUAUUGCGUCAGAAAACAUCUCAAGGGCUAAAAGUCAUCAAGUAUGUUUCGAAGAAAUUUAACCGGGCUCAAAGGAACUAUUCAACCACAGAACGUGAAUGUUUAGCGUUAGUUUGGUGCAUCCAGAAAUUGAAAGAAUACCUGUGGGGCCGAUCGAUCGAGAUCGAAACCGAUCACUGUCCGCUUUGUAGUUUUAAUAGGAAGAAAUUUAAUAAUUCACGCAUCGAUCGAUGGCAAGUGGAAUUAUCAGAAUAUCACAUCACGAAAAUUACUUACAAACGUGGUCAAUGUAAUUGUGAUGCUGAUCUAUUAUCUCGAUUUCCGUAUGAAGAAGGUGACAUUGACGACGAUGUACAUUCUCGUCAUACUCGUGUGGUUGCUCCAACAUUGAGUACAACACUGUUAGAUCCGUUUUAA